AUGCCAAGCAAGACGAAGGGGCUGGCGAGGAGAGAGGUUCUCCUGCCGGGUGACCUGCUGCCCCAUGCCCACAAGUGCGCUGGCAAGCACCACGGAGUGAUCCUGCGGGUGGAGCCGCCUGCAGUGCCGGGCGGCUACCCGCUGGCUGUGAUCCAGAUGACAGACUUCCUGGUGGAGGGGACCAAGACGAAGAAGGUGAAGCUGUCGCUGCCGGUGGAGCAGGCGGCGCAGUUUGUGGUGGCCAAGAAAGGCGGGCGGCCCAAGCGCGAGGUGGCGGCCAGGAGCAAGGAGGAGGAGUGGGCGCGGGCUGCGGGGGUCAACUACUCCAUCCCCCGCUGGGCCUCGCUGGACCGCGAGCGCACCCCCAAGAAAGCCAAGAGGGCGCCGGACGCGCCGCCGCUGCACGGCCCGCCGCUGCAGGAGCGGCUGCGCCAGCUGGAGGCGGCCCCAGCCAGCGAGCGCUUUCCGCCCGGCACCCGCCUUUGGGUGCGGGUGGCCGGCAGCGGGCUGUGGCCGGGCGUGGCCUGGGCCUUUGCCCUCUGCAAGCGCCGCGACUGGGGCCAGCUGCUGCUGUCGCACCGCCCAGGCGAGCCGCGCUGCAUGCUGCUGGUUCGCUUCUACGGCGAGCACAGCAACAUGUGGGUGAGGGAGGAGGACUGUGAGCUGCCGCCGCCCGACGAGGGCGAGCACCUGUGCCAGCUGCGGGCCGCGGGCCGCCAGCACAACAAGAUGCGGCUGCUGGAGCUGGCCCUCAGCGAGCUGGAGGCUGCACACCCGGAUCCGGAGCUGGAGCGGCGGCGCAUGGUGCAGCUGUACGAGGCGUACCUCCAGACUCGGCAGGCCCUGGACACCUGCUACCUGUGCCGGGAGCUGGGCGCGGAUCUGGAGUGCGCGUGCUGCGACCGCCUGUUCCACCCGCUCUGCCUGCACCACCCCGCCGUCAGCAGCGCGGAGUUGCCCGGCGGCGUCUGGGCCUGCCCAUGCUGUGGGGAGGAGCAGGAGGUGGGCAAGGUGCGGGAGGAGGGGGAGGGCGGCGAGGUGGAUGGAGAGAUAGAGAGGAUGGGGCUCACUCCUGAUUGGAUUGUGGAGGCGGCGGCGUUCCGCGUGUUUGGCCUGGAGCGCCCCACCGCGGAGCGGCCCUACAUCGCCGGCCUGCUGGACCCCUGCACCAACUCCAAGCUGGCCCCCAACAUCCCGGCAGAGAGCCUGUACGACAAGCAGCCCCGUGCCGCACAGGACAACGGCCUGAAGCUGAGCAACAGCUGGCAGGGGCGGUACGUGCUGCUCAACCCCGACUACCGCGCCCAGGUGCAGUGGCGCUUUGUGAACCGCGCCAUCGACGAGGUGGAGAACGGCGGGGUGCCGGCCGUGGUGCUGGUGUGCCGCAACUCCACAGACACCGGCUACUUCCAGCGCCUGCGCCCCUACCCGCGCGUCCUGCUGCGCCGCCUGUCCGCGCGCUUCAAGGACUACGAGAAGACGCCCAUCGGCUUUGGGAUUGCGGUGUUCUGCAUCGCCAAGAGCAACGUCAGGCGAGUGGAGCUCUACUCUCGGUUCUACGACGCCUUUGAGGGCAUGGGUGAGCCCAACAUUCCGACCCGGGAGUUUUUCGCCCUGCUGGACCGCCUGCGCGUGUAUGCCGACCAGCACCAUCGCGACCACUGGGUGCAGUGCACCGCCUGCUCCAAGUGGCGUAUCGUGGACUUCCGAGCGGCGCAGCAGAUCGGGGACGACACCGAGUGGAACUGCGCCAUGCUGAGGCCGCCCUUCUCCAGCUGCCAGACGCCGCUGUCCAAGAACGAGACGGUGGGGGGCCACUACGCCGCCCGCGGCGCGGACUGGGCGGGGUCUGGGGAUGAGGAGGAGGGCGGAGCCGCACGCUGCUGCGCGCUGGGGGCUGGGGAGGGCGAGCCUGGCAGUGCCGUGGAGGAGGCGCAGGCGCACCAGUCCCCGCGGGCAGCAGCGGCUGCCAGCGGUGGCACGGCUGUUGACACGCCGGUGGCAGCCCGAGGCGAGCGGCGGCAGGCCCGGGCCUUUGGUCCCGGGCGCAGCAGCGGGCCCAGCAGCCCCGUGGCAGCAGCAGCUUCGGUGGUGGUGUGUGCCAGCACGCUUCACGAGCUGGUCAAGCUGCCGCCACGCAACGCCAGCCUGGCCAGCGAGGAAGGGGGCGACAGCCAGGUUCUGACGGCGCUGGAGCUUGCUCGCCAGGCGCGCAUCGCUGCCAACCGUGCCUACCUGGCGGGGCUGGGGCUGGGCCCCAAGGCCAUGAGCUCAGGACAGGUGCCCCCUCUGGCGCCGAAUGAUCCAGUCAUGCUGGCGGCGGCAUGGGAGCUGGCCAGGCGCGCGGCGGCGGAGCAGGGGCGGCAGCAGCUGGAAGAGGUACGGAGGCGGUACGAGGCUGCUCGGCGGCGGCGCCAGCGCGAGGAGCCGCGCCUGCUGGCGGCCCUCAGGGAGCUGCAGGUGGAGGAGCAGGCGGCGUGGCACCAGCUGGAGCAGGCGGAGUGCGCCGCUGCGGAGCUGAAGCGGGAGCAGCAUCGGCAGGAAGGCGGGGAGGCCUCUGCCGGCGCAAGGCAGCAGCAGCUGUUAGCACUGGUGUGA